AGGAGAGAGGACUUCAGAACGAGCAGAGACCAGCCUCAGGACAAAGUGUGCCAACAGCCGCUGCGUUUUGCCCUAACCCAACCACCCACUCUGAAGUCGCGUUAAAUAUGUCUAAUAUCGUCUGCUGUAAAACGCCUCAGGUUAUAAUGUACGACCAACACAGAAAAAGUACAAGUCUAUAGCCAACGGGAUCCCAAGGACUUGAUUAGUCACUCAAGCCUGCUAGUUUGUUGUGUGGCUGGCUGCCCCCCUGGUCCUCGUCACUCCGGCCUGGCUCGUCUCCUAGCAUUGCUUCUGACCCCUCACCCCGUCCGGCUGAAGAACUCUGGGCGCCUUUGUUUGGCUACCUUCCCUUCAAAAGCCUUUCUCUGGAUUUACGUGCAUCUUUAUUAGCAAAAAUGAUUCCCAACGGUUAUUUGAUCUUUGAGGACGAGAGUUUCCUGGAUUCCACUGUGGCAAAGAUGAACGCUCUGAGGAAGAGUGGUCAGUUCUGUGAUGUUAGACUACAGGUGUGCGGUCACGAGCUGAUGGCGCACCGCGCUGUGCUGGCCUGCUGCAGCCCCUAUCUGUUUGAGAUCUUCAACAGCGACAUCGAGCCCCACGGCGUUUCCCACGUCACCUUUGAGGACCUGGACCCCGCGGCGGUGGAGAUCCUCCUCCACUACGCCUACACGGCCCAACUGAAGGCCGACCAGGAGCUAGUAAAGGAGGUGUACUCUGCAGCCAAGAAGUUCAAGAUGGAUCGAGUCAAGCAGAUCUGUGGAGACUACCUGAUAUCCAAGAUGGAAUCCCAGAACGCCAUCUCCUUCCGGAACUUUGCCAGCUCCAUGGGUGACGGGCGCGUCCUGGCCAUAGUGGACGCCUACAUCCAGGACCAUCUGCUGGACGUCUCUGAGCAGGACGACUUCCUCAAACUCCCCCGCCUCAAGUUAGAAGUAAUGCUAGAAGACAACCUGGCCCUGCCCAGCAACGGCCGGCUCUACUCCAAGGUGCUGAACUGGGUGCAGCACAGCCUCUGGGAGAACGGAGAGAACCUGGAGCAGAUGAUGGAGGAGGUUCAAACGCUGUACUACUCUGCCGACCACAAGCUGGUGCACGGCGGUCUGGUGAUUGAGGGCCACACUGAGGUGUUUGGUGGCGAGGAGGACCGCCUCCAGUUUGUGCAGAAGAAGCCUCCUCGGGAGAGCACCCAGAGGCAGAUGAGCUGCAGCUCCUCAGGAAGCCUGUCCCCUUCCAGCCAGGCCCCCAGCGCCCCCAAGCAGAGCUCCAGGAGGGAGUGGAAGUACAUCGCCUCGGAGAAGACCACCAACAACACCCACCUGUGUCUGGCCGUGCUGGACGGCACGCUGUGCGUGGUCUUCCUCCACGGCCGCAGCCCCCAGACGUCCCCCUCGGCCACGCCCUGCCUGAUGAAGAGCAUGAGCUUCGAGGCGCAGCCGGAGCUGCUGGAGCAGCGGCUGCUGGCCCCCAUGCACUACGCCCGCUCGGGCCUGGGCGCCGCCGCCCUGGGGGGCCGGCUCAUCGCAGCAGGAGGGUACAACCGGGAGGAGUGUCUGCGGACGGUGGAGUGCUACGACCCCCAGCUGGACCGCUGGACCUUCAUCGCCCCCAUGCGCACCCCCAGGGCCCGCUUCCAGAUGGCCGUGCUGAUGGGCCGUCUGUACGUGAUGGGCGGCUCCAACGGCCACUCGGACGAGCUGAGCUGUGGCGAGACGUACGACCCGCUGACUGACGACUGGGCCCAGGUCCCCGAGCUGAGGACCAACCGCUGCAACGCAGGUGUCUGCUCCUUGGACAACCAGCUGUACGUUGUGGGGGGAUCGGACCCCUGCGGCCAGAAGGGCCUGAAGAACUGCGACGCCUUCGACCCCGUCACCAAGGCCUGGACCAACUGCGCGCCCCUCAACACCCGGCGCCACCAGGCGGCGGUGUGCUCGCUGGACGGCUUCGUGUACGUGAUCGGAGGGGCGGAGUCCUGGAACUGCCUGAACACGGUGGAGCGCUACGACCCCCGCAACGACACCUGGACGCUGAUCGCCCCCAUGAACGUGGCCCGCAGGGGGGCCGGCGUGGCCGUCCACGCAGGCAGCCUGUUCGUGGUGGGGGGCUUCGACGGCUCCCACGCCCUGCGCUGCGUGGAGGUGUACGAGCCGGCCCGCGGCGAGUGGCGGAUGCUGGGCAGCAUGACGUCGGCCCGCAGCAACGCCGGCGUGGCGCUGCUCGGCGCGCUGGUCGUCGCCGUCGGCGGCUUCGACGGCAACGACUUCCUGAACAGCAUGGAGCUGUACGACCCCGCCACCGACCGAUGGAGCGAGGACACCGACGCCCCGCCCCCCCCGCCCACCGAGGGCCGAGCCACGGCUGCCCCCUCCCCCUGAGGGGCGGCGCCGGCCGGCUCUCCCCCCCCCCCCCAAACUAACAGGCUUAGUGACGUAAUCGUGUUUUGUGACGUUGUGUGUGAGCGGGUGAGGGAGGGGGAGGGAGGGAGGGAGAGAGGGAGGGAGGGAGGGAGGGGAGGGGGGGGGGUCCCCAGAGGGGUCUUCAGUGAAGACCGGCUUAUAUUAUUGGGGCAGGGGUGAGUUGCCCAAAGCAACAGGACGCUUUUGCAUAUUGCAUUCAUUAUUUUCCGUGCUGUGUGUAUAUACAUAUAGUUUUCUUUCUCACUUUUGUCAAAUGCCAACAUUUAAUACACAUUUAGGUUACUGGUUAUUCUAGUUGAACUUGUAUCUUUAAGUCAUAACUGGUAACAGUAACUUUGAGUUUCUCAACUCGAUUUUCUUUAGUCAACCUCGUCAUUUUUUUUUAGCUCACUUAGUUUAAAAGAUCUGUGGUUUAAGCCUUACUCAAAUGUAUAAGUGAAGAAGUACCUGUCAUGGCUUUGUGUCAUUUAAACUUGGAGCUGGAUUGCUUUACAAAUCUUAAACGAAGGCAUUUUUAUAUAUUUUUUUUAUACACUGCGGAUUAAACAAUAAGUGGAUGCACAUGACUUGGUCAUUAAAAUACAUCAGUGCCAGUUCUAGUAACUUUGUUUUAAUGCCACACACAACCAUGCUUAUGUGCUCCUGCUUAUAGAAUGUUUUACUAUGAUCUGACUUAUUCACUUAUUGCAGUUUACUGAAGAUCUUUUUUUCUUUUGAGUGUUUUUAAAAGUCAGGCAUUGGCAUAGAUUACCUUUUGGCAGCAAACAUAGAUUGAGAAUACGUACCACAUUUGUAACAUUUCUAAACUAAUAAACCAUGUCAACCAGAA